AUGAAUGUUGACUCUUCCAACAAUAGCAUAGUGACAUGCCAUGUCAAUGCCACCCUCACACCAGGCAUGGGUAACCUUAACAUCAGUGUCAAUGGUUAUCCUUAUCACUCUGCCCUCGUCCUGGAGAUAAGCAAGAAUGGAACAAAGAAUGACUGUGGAGACAAGUCAUUGUGUUCGAUGAAUGGAACUUGUGUGAAUGGAUUGUGUCAGUGUAAUGAUGGUUAUGGUGGAUAUCAUUGUGAGAAUAGAUUGUUGAAUCAGGUGAUGCCUAUUCCAGAUAAUCAUUCACCAUCGUUCACAAUUGGUAGUGAGGAAUUACAAUACCAAUUCAAUGUUGUGGCUGUCCAGGAAUUGGAUCAAUUCAAUAACAUAGUCCAAGAAGUACUCACUACCAAAUGGGUUGCCAGCACCUCCAACAAGUCCAACAUCAUCACCAAUCAAUACCAACUUGAUAAGACCAACUACAACAUAUCAAUCCAAUUCCAGAUGUCAACCGAGCCACGUAUCGUUGAGUUUGCCGGUGACAUUGCCAAAUAUCCAGCCAACUCAUUGAAGAUGAUGAUAUCCAUCUACGACUGGAACUACUUGUCCAACCUCAACUCGAUCAGAGUGGUAUUCCUCGAUAAAGCAAAUGACUUGAACAUCAGCGAGUGUGCCACACACUUGUCAACGAUCAAUCAAUCGGACUAUCUCUACAACAUCAAGUUCAUCAAGGUUGUCAAGGGUCCCGUCACAUACUUUGCCAGAUUCCUCCCACACGCUAUGGUCAAUGGCAGGAUCAGUCGUGCCCUCAACCAGAUCAUCAAUGCCACCGUGACCACAGGCACGGGUUCAUCAUACAUUGGUACAGUGUUGCCACUAUGUCAACAAUGUUUGAUCGAUCCAGACUUCUCAGUGUUGACAUCUAUUGAUGAUGGAAGUGAUAACAAUGGAGGUCAUUCAAACAACACAUUGUGCAAUCCAGGACCCACCACUACAGAGAAGCCAACAUUGACUGCACCAUCAUCAUCAAUGAGCACUUGGAAGAUUGCUACGAUAGCUGUUGUACUUGGUGUUGUUGGCAUUGCCGCUGCCACUGCAGCCGUACUAGUUCACAAGCAUCGUAUAACUACCAAGAGAGAGAAUAAGCGAAUUGAAAUGAGGCUAGCUUCAGUCCAAUAA